AUGUCUUAUCUGUCAACUCGCCCAUUACCCCAAAAUUCUACGUCUAUGGCCUUCCUCUUUCAACCCCCCAUCUUUGGGAACUACAUCCUCCCAGUAGUUCCCAUGAAUGUACCUACGACGCCGGUUGCUCUACCACAACUCACCAUAGCACCUGUUCAGCUAGGUCAGCUAUAUCGGCCUGCCUUUUCUCCACCCAUCAGGAUCAAAGUCAUAUACCAUCGUGCAGGAACUGUUCUCGCCUCGAACGAUGCUUGCUACAACUAUCCUCCACCUCGGGAAACAGUGCUAGGAAAUUUAUCCUGGUGGUCUGAGCAGCAUGGACUUGGAGAUAAAGCUUAUACCCGACGUUGUACACUCUAUCUCACGAGAAGCUACCGUUCAAUCCUCACUAUUAACCCAAUAGAUGGACCUGUUUCACCACCAGAUCUUGUGAAGAAGGUGUCAUUUGGCGAUAUGACAGCUCCAGAUUUCCAUAAGUUGAUGAUUGACACAGCAAUAAAUAACUAUGGAGCCUUCAUCUUGGUCGAUCAUGGUUAUGUGCCUAUUAAGAUUCUGGCCCAACAAACCGAUAACGAUCAGAGUACUCCUCCAAACGGAAGUUCAAAUGGCACCACUGACAACAGCCAGAAUAACUCGACUGGCAAUACUCAGCCUUCACCAUCAUCAACCUCUUCAACGGAUGCGAUCAACACCAAUGCGCCUGAACCUUCCAACGCCGGAGAUAACACCACCGUACCUGAGCCAGCUGCAUCAGAAAUUAAUACUGCCCCUGUGGCGACUAAUUCUCAGCCGGGAUCUAAGAUGCCUAAAGUUGCAAGCGUGGAGCCUGGUGACACGGGGGAAUAA